AUGGAUGCUGACAAAGAAGUUCUUCCACCCAAAGUAAAUUUGGUGCGUUUCGGCAAACCAGAAUUGUUAACGCGUUCAACGGAAACUAAGACUGAUAAAACUAAGUCUACAGAAAAAAAUGAUUGCUCGUUGACCUCUGAUGUAAAUAAUGAGACACUAAAAUGCAGUGAUGUUUUGGAUCGUAUGCAAAUGACAAGAAAAUGGGAAAAGAAUGGUGAAUGUUACCAACAAAAAUUAUCUACUCAUCCGGGUACCAAAAUGGAUGUGAAAAAUCUUAACGAGAAGUUAGAUAUGUAUUUAAAACAAUUCAAUGCCAGAGAGGUGGGCAUUUGCCCGAUUAAAGAGCAACUAUACCUUCAAUGUUUCAACGAAAUAAUUAGACAAGUUACGAUAGAAUGUCCAGAACAAGGUAAUUUGUUGAUACGUCUCCGUGACGAAAUGAAAAUCACCAUCGAUGGGUAUCGUAAACUGCACGAGAGCGUGAUGGCUAAAGGGAUCCGAAAAGUAUUACUGAGCGAAAAACAAAAAUCUGAUUCAGAGACGAUAGUGCAACAGCACAUAUCCGAGAAUGAAAAAUUGGAAGCAGAGUUGGCGGAAAAGAUUAAAAUGACGCAGAAAUUAGUACGUGAUAUGGCCGACGCGCGUGAAGAACAGGCCAUACGUAAUGCUAAAGAGUCGAAUGACCUAAAAGAAGAAAUCAAAAUUCUCAAAGAAGUCCAAGAAAGACACAUUGCGUUAUAUCCAAAAGAACAUAGUACUGCUUAA